AUGACAUACCUUCAAAGGCACUAUCUUCUCGAUCUCCGCCAUGAAAAAACCAUGACCUGCAUCGCAAAUAUUCAAUAUACACUUUCUCAAAAAUCAAGCUCUGUGAAGUGCAGAUUGCAUAUCAAAAAAAUCUUGUUCAAAGCAGCGAAUUUACAUGAAAGAUCUUGUUCAUAUAAAAGACACGAAACUCUUUUACAAAGUGCGACUGGUUUCGAUCCAACAUGUUUCUUCGUUCAUCACUCGUUUCUCCGUGUCAUUUCGCUAUCCACAAUUUUAUCAACCAAAACAGCACCAACGAACUCGGAAUCUGUAUCUCUAUGUUUGCAGAAUCACGCUGCUCCUACUUAUCAACACCAUAAUGCUAGUACAGUUCAUCAUUCUGGCACCAGGUUAGCAGCAAAGAGCUGUUUAUUUUUUGAAAAUCACAAUCCAGCUGUUUAUGCCGACUGUUCGCAAGCCAAAAAAUCUCAUAUUUGCCAUACCGAGAUCAGUACGAUGCCCAGGAACAACUGCUAUAAUACUUAA